AUGACUCAGGUGUCAAUCAAGAGCUUCCCCACCAACAGUCAAAAAAGUGCAGUCCCCAAGGACAGGAGCACUGCGUCCACGGAGGCGAAAUCUCAGACUAGCCCGGGUGGCGAUGUGGGUGAGACUCUGGAGGACCUCCAGCAGCAGAAUCAGCUCCAGAGCCUGGCAUCAUCCAACCCAUCCUCCCAGAGACCCCGACGCCGUGGCUGGUCCCAGGGGGUUCUGCCCAAACCAGAACCAGAGGAGGACACAGAACCCUUCAUCCUGGACCUCAGGAACUUCCCUGAGCUGGCCAACGCAGACCUGGGAUCUCACAACCCUAAUAUACAGGUGACCAUCGAGGUGGUGGAGGACCCACAGACAGAGAUGGAGAUGGACCUGGCCAAGGAGGGGGGGGAGGGGGGCCGCAACGACUGGUCCCUGUCAUCGGAGGAGUGGCUGGGCCACAAAAAGCUGUUCUGGCCUCUGUUCUGGGAGUACCCAGACCAGGCUGAGAGCGGGCCUGGCAGCAGGGCCAGCCUAGAGGAACAGGAGCAGCCCACAGAGGACUAUAACUACAACCCUGAGGAGCAGGAACCUGUGCUUAGUGGGACCGGGGGGACUGGGGUGGGGACAGGCGUGGGGGUGGGGGGCGGCUGGGGCAGCCGCUGGAGCAGCAACAACGGAUGGGACUCCAAGGAGAACUACGAGUACGAGGAGGAGGAGUGGAGCGUCUGGUCUCCAUGCAGCGUCACCUGUGGCCACGGCAACCAGAAGCGUAUCCGUUCAUGUGGUUACGCGUGCACGGCGACCGAGUCCCGGACCUGUGACCUGGACAGAUGCCCAGAGUCCUGGUGUGUACACAGCUCCAUGUCUGUUUUAAAACGCUCAAUGAAGGCUCGUACUGCUACCCAGGAAGAUGACCUGUUAGCAGUGACUGAGCUGAUACCUCUGGAGACAACAAAUGGCACUGACUCCCUCGACACAAACGUGGACAGCUGUGACAAGUGGCUGAGCUGUAAGAACGACUUCCUCCAGAAGUACCUCCACCAGGUGCUGACCGAACUACCCAGCUGCCCCUGCUCCUACCCGUCCGAGGCCGUCUACAGCGCCGUCAACAUCUUCGACAAGACGCUGCGUAAGACCUACCGCUGGCGCGACGCCUCCGGCCCCAAAGAACGCCUGGACAUCUACAAGCCGUCCGCUCGCUUCUGCACACGCUCCAUGCUCUCCUUCGACAGCACCACGCUGGCCGCGCAGCACUGUUGCUACGACGACCACGUGAAGCUGAUCACGCGGGGGAAAGGGGCGGGCGCGCCAAACCUCAUCAGUACGGAGUUCUCGCCGGAGCUGCAUUACAAAGUGGACGUGCUGCCCUGGAUCCUGUGUAAAGGGGACUGGAGCCGCUUCCACUCUGUGAGACCGCCCAACAACGGGCUGCAGUGUGCCCACAACCCCACAGAGGACGUGUACCAGGCUGAGCUAGAGGAGGCUCGUGAGUACUGA